GGCUGGUGGACCUUCAUCUUUAGGCUUAAGGCUGGUGGACCUUCAUCUUCAGGCUUAAGGCUGGUGGACCUUCAUCUUUAGGCUUGAGGCUGGUGGACCUUCAUCUUUAGGCUUAAGGCUGGUGGACCUUCAUAUUUAGGCUUAAGGCUGGUGGACCUUCAUCUUCAGGCUUAAGGCUGGUGGACCUUCAUCUUUAGGCUUGAGGCUGGUGGACCUUUAGGCUUGGCAAUUGGAUGUUCCUCAGCCUGAAAUGAGAUGUUUGUUGGUUCUUCCAGCAUCUCUCAGCAGAUCAUAAGGCUUUUAAAGCUUAGUAAAUCUGAAGACUUCAUUAUUUAUAAAUAAAAGAAAGAAGUCCGGUCAGAGCUGCAGCAUGGACGCCUUUGGACCAUCACUCCUCCUCCUGUUGACAGCCAACCUCAGCUGGUCUGUGGUUCUGGUGAAUUCAGAUGUGCGAGUGUUUAGAGGACRCUCAGUUUUCAUCACAGAGUCUGACCUGAACAUCAGCGUUGAUCCAAACACUGACUGUAAGGUGGAGGUGGUGAAGAAUGAACCAGUGAGCCAGAGAGUUGGAAAACUGACUCCACAGAUGUUUGACUGCAGGUUCCUGUCGGAUGAGGUUCAAUAUGUCCACAAUGGUAGUCCUCUUCUGGACCAGGACUUGGUUAUUUUAAGAGUCUACAGGUUCACCUUCUCUAAAACUCUAGUGGAGAGGAUGACCAUCAGGGUCCAGGUGAUGGACUCAGAGUCCCGUGUGGUGGAGCUGGGCAGCACGUCGCUGGUGGUUCCUCAGAUCUUUGGUUUGUCCAAUGCUAUUGACAGCUCUGUGCUGACCAUCAGGACUCUGGGAGACCUGGUGUGCACCGUCAGGCUGAUGAACAGUGACACCAACGUCCCGACUGUGGGUCGGCUGGUCCAAGAGGGCAACCUACAGAGGAAAGGACGACAGGCAGCAGGAUUCUGUCCUGGGAACAAACCGUGUCUCCACGACACCACAGAGGUCCACUUCCUGAAAACAAGCUGCAAGGACUUCUUGAGCUCAGGUCUGAAAUAUCAGCACCUCAGUCCUCCAUCUCCACAGGUGGAUUUCAUCUCCAUCAGGGUGGAGAUGAGGGAAGAGACCACCCGGACCCUGUUGCAGUCUGAGGCCAUGUGGUUGCCAGUUCUGAUCCAGGGGGGCAUGCAGAACCAGCCUCCUCAGGCCAGUUUUAUGGCUUCCUUCAUCCUGGAGGUGGACCAGUUCAUUCUGACCCCACUGACCACAGCCACUCUGGACGCCAAGGAUCAAGAGACACCACAGGACCAGUUAGUGUUCAACGUGACCAUCCCACCUGAAGAUGGAUUUAUCACCCACCUGGAUGAUCACACAAAACCUGUCCAGUCCUUCACCUGGCUGGACCUGAACCACAUGAAGGUGGCCUAUCAGCCCCCCAAUAUCAGCCAGAACCACCGUAGGAACUACCAGGUGGAGUUUCAGGUGAUAGACACGUCCUUUCUGACCAGCCUGCCCAUCCUGGUCCACCUGUCCGUCAGGACGUCAGAAACAAACGCACCCAGAGUCUCCUGGAACAUGGGUUUGGACCUGUUGGAGGGCCAGUCUCGACCAAUCACAUGGCAGGAGCUGCAGAUUGAUGACAACGACAAUAUUAAUGCAGUUUACCUGGUAGCUGUGGACGGACCUGUGCACGGCCGGCUCAGUGUCAGAGGUGGGAAGGCCUUCAUGUUUCAUGUGAAGGACCUGAAGGAGGGCGUGGUCAUUUAUCACCACUCCGAUAGCGACUCCACCCGUGACCACAUCGUCUUCCGCAUCAGCGACGGCCGCCACAGCAUCCGGCACAGGUUCCCCAUCAACAUCCUGCCGAAGGACGACACGCCGCCGUUCCUCAUCAACAACGUGGCGGUGGAGGUGCAGGAGGGGGGCGCUGUGAGGCUGCAGGACUACAUGCUGCUGGCCUCAGACCUGGACUCCAGUGAUGACCACAUCCUGUACCAGGUAGUCCUCGCUCCCCAGGCAGGGCAGCUGGUCAGGAGGAGCCCCGCCCACAAGACAGAUGUACCAGUGGACAGCUUCCUGCAGAGAGACCUGAUCCAGGGUCAGAUCUUCUACCAGCACUCAGGAGAUGAGGCGUUUGAGGACUCCUUCGACUUCACGCUGUCUGACAGCCACCAGCCUCCCAAUCUCUCACAGACAUAUACGGUGGUGGUCCAUGUAUUCCCGGUGAAGGACCAACUGCCAGUGGAGGUUCCCGGCUCCGUCCGGUCUCUGACGGUGAAGGAGACUGAGGUGGUUUACAUCACACAGAACCAGCUGCACUUCACAGACAGAGAGAAUCCAGCAGCUGACCUGACCUUCGUCAUCACACAGCCCUGCUUCAGUCCUCUGAAUCCUGGACUGAUGGAUGCAGGACGUCUGUUCUACACCGACAGUACCAGCUCCAUGAAGAAAGAUCACAUGGUUGCGGUGUUAAAGUCCUUCACUCAGCACGCAGUGACCCACAUGAAAGUGGCCUUCAUGCCUCCUGUAGAGGAUAUUGGAGUCCAUCCUCUGUUUGUCCAGUUUGUGUUCUCCGUCAGCGACUCCACUGGGGGAACUGUGUCCGGCCUGGUCUUCAACAUCACUGUCACCCCCGUGGACAACCAGGCCCCUGAGGCUUUCACCAACCUGCUGCGGGUGGAGGAAGGUGGAGAGGCCUUUGUGACCGAGGAGCAUCUCCAGGUUCAGGAUCGGGACAGUUCAGAAGAACUGUUGAGGGUAAAGAUUCAGACUACUGCUCGUCAUGGUCGACUGGAGCUGCAGGGCCGAAUUCUGCUACAGGGAGACCAGUUCAUGUUGACGGACUUGAGAGGACUGCGGCUCAGGUACGUCCAUGAUGACUCAGAGACCACUGAGGAUGAGGUGGGCCUGGAGGUACUGGACGGUCUGAACGCUGCUGACGUUGUGCUUCAGAUUCAGGUCCUGCCAGUGAACGAUGAGCCUCCCCAGCUGGGUGGGGGUCUGCAAGCCCAGCUGAGCUGUGAGGAGGGAGGGCGUGUCCAGGUGACGGUGGACUUCCUGUCGGCCACAGACCGGGACAGCGACGACUCCAGACUGACCUACAUGUUGGCCCGGAGUCCCAGCAGAGGAGAGCUGCAUAGGUCCGGACUGACCACGGACAAGUUCUCCCAGCAGGACCUGCUGCAGGGUCACGUGUACUACGUCCACUCAGGUGCAGAGAUCGGUCCAGGACCCGUGGUCGACACUGUCACCUUCAUCAUCUCAGACGGGGAGGCAGGAGGGACGGAUGGCUGUUGUCACGGGGAUGUCCCGCCUGUCCCUCUCCACGGGACACUUCCUGUUUAUGACCUGAAUGUCACCAUUCUUCCUGUCAACAAUAAAGUUCCCUCUGUCACUCUGGGUGAGUCCAUGCUGGUGGUGGACGAAGGAGCCUCCAUCUGUCUCUCUGGGGUUCUUCUAGGAGCCUCAGACCCUGACAGCCCCCCAGAAGAGCUGACCUUUCACCUGGAGGCUCCUCCCCUUCAUGGCUUCCUGGAGAACACACUGCCGGCGCCCGGUUCUGAGAAGAGCAACGCUGGAGUUCGGGUCGAAUUGUUCAGCCUCAUCCACCUGACCUCAGGCUUCAUCAACUACGUUCAAUCAGAGCACAGAGAGGCGGAGCCAACUGUAGAUCAGCUGUCCAUCAGUGUCAGUGAUGGGCUUCACAGCUCCGCCCCUUUUCCUGUCUACAUCAUCAUUACACCAACAAAUGAUGAGACACCUUCACUACAUCUGGCCAACUUCAGUGUGAUGGAGGGAGGGAUGACACAACUGACUCCAUCCAUCCUGGACGGCUCAGAUCUGGACGUCCCCUCAGACCUCCUCACCUUCACAGUGGAGCAGCCGCCGGCCCACGGCCGAUUGGUUAACGAGCUCCAUGGAUCAGAAACGGGUCGAUACAAAGAGAGGAGCCCCUCCAUCACCUCCUUCACCCUGCAGGAGCUAAAACAAGGCAUGAWGAUCAUGUAUGUGCACGAUGACACAGAAACCCUGGAGGACACGGUGCUGCUCCGGCUGACAGAUGGCGUCCACAUGGUGGAGGGGACGGCUCGGGUCACCGUGCUGCCGGUCAACGACAACAAACCACAACUGCUCAAACAGAACUGGGCUGGACCCACCUGUCACCGGGUCAGAACUUCACUCAGGAGGACGUGGACCUGAACCGGCUGUGGUACCAACACACUGCUGGGGUCAAAGGUCACGACAGCUUCCGCUUCGUCCUCAGCGAUGGAGACAACGAGACCCCGUCUCAGAGCUUCUUCGUCUCCGUCCACACGGUCCACAAAGGUCAGAACCAGAAUCAGACUGAUCCACACACAGCUGCUCCCAGAGACCUGCAGAGCCAGAUCCAGGACUGUAGAGCCAGAUCCAGGACUGUAGAACCAGAUCCAGGACUGUAGAACCAGAUCCAGGACUGUAGAACCAGAUCCAGGACUGUAGAGCCAGAUCCAGGACUGUAGAACCAGAUCCAGGACUGUAGAACCAGAUCCAGGACUGCAGAACCAGAUCCAGGACUGUCAGAGCCAGAUCCAGGACUGUAGAACCAGAUCCAGGACUGUAGAACCAGAUCCAGGACUGUCAGAGCCAGAUCCAGGACUGUCAGAGCCAGAUCCAGGACUGUCAAAGUCAGAUCCAGGACUGUCAGCGCCAGAUCCAGGACUGUAGAACCAGAUCCAGGACUGUCAGAGCCAGAUCCAGGACUGUCAG